GCUGCACUGUUCUUCCUGGAGUGUCAACAAGUUAUUGGGACACCGGCAUUUAGAUUUCAUCAUGGUUUCCUGUCACUACAGAGUUUUGCUUCUCUACUUUUUGCUGCUGUUUCCUCUUUCUCUGGCUGCAGUCUUCUUAAAGCAAAAGGAGGCAAACAGUUUGCUGCAAAGACAAAGAAGAGCAAAUACCUUCUUGGAGGAACUAAAAUCUGGGUCACUAGAGCGAGAAUGCAUAGAAGAACUGUGUUCAUUUGAGGAAGCCAAAGAAAUUUUCCAAGAUCAUACAAGAACAAUGCAAUUCUGGCACAUCUAUACUGAUAGCAACCAAUGUGAUCCCAAUCCUUGUCAGAAUGGUGGGACAUGCUUUGAUGAAGCUCAGGAUUAUGUCUGCUUCUGUCCUAAGAAUUAUGAGGGCAAAAAUUGUGAAAAAGGUUUUGAAGACUUGCUGAAAUGCAUAUAUGACAAUGGUGGAUGUGAACACUAUUGCACUGAACUGAACUCAACUGGAAAACGAACAUGUUUUUGUGCAGAAGGUUACAAGCUAGCAAGUGAUGAAGUGUCCUGCAUUCCCCAUGUGAAUUAUCCUUGUGGGAAAAUACCUGUUUUGGCAAAAAGAAAUAAAACUGAGGAAGGGAGAAUUGUGGGUGGUAAGGAAUGUCCUCCAGGUGUAUGUCCAUGGCAGGCUCUGAUAUUACAAAAUCUCAAAGAACAGUGUGGGGGUUCCCUCCUGGCUCCAAACUGGGUAGUUACUGCAGCUCACUGUGUAGAAAAAGCAAAUGUCAAACAACUGAUGAUAAAAUUAGGUGGACACAGAAUAAAUAAGAAAGAUGAAAGCGAGCAAGAGAGAGGAGUUACUAAAAUCAUAAUUCAUGAAAAGUAUUCUUCAGCCACAGUCGAACAUGACAUUGCCCUGCUGCAACUGGAGAAGCCUGUUAACUUCACUGAUUAUGUGCUACCGAUAUGUUUGCCUGAAAGACAGUUUUCAGAGCGUGAGCUGUCCUCCAUUAGAUACUCCACAGUGAGUGGAUGGGGGCGUCUCAUAGAGAGAGGUGCUACUGCCGCCAUUCUUAUGAGAGUUGACCUGCCACGUGUAAAGACAAAACAAUGUAUGGAAGAGACCAACUUAAAUAUUACAGAAAACAUGUUCUGUGCUGGAGACCUUUCUGGGACUAAAGACUCCUGCAAGGGUGACAGCGGUGGACCUCAUGCUACAAAGUACAAGAACACCUGGUUUUUGACAGGGAUUGUCAGUUGGGGAAAGGGGUGUGCUACCCGAGGCAUAUAUGGUGUUUAUACAAGAGUUUCCAGGUAUAUUGAAUGGUUAAAAAACCACAUGGCUUCCUAAGCCACCAUGCUUCCCUGCAUUCAGAUCAUCUCUGAAUUGCAUUGUCCUUCAACCUAUCUUUCACGCUUCCCUCUCUAGUAUCUUUUACCAUCAUAAGUAAAUUAUACUAAUACUUAAGUAAUCAUUUGAUACAAAUCUAAUUCCAAUUUGGUUCAGAUGUCUGCCUUGCCAGUAAUUUAGAGUUUUAUAUUAUUCAAAAAUCAUGUGUAUAAGCUUCCAUUACAACUGUAAAUGCAGUUGACAGACCUUGAAAGGAGCAAGCUUUGCUAAAUCUCCAGGGUGGGAAAGGUUAAUUUCAGGCUUGGUUUCUAUUUAGUACAUAAACAAUAUUGUACUAUUUUGUUAGCAGUUUUAAUAUUGACCCUAGAUUUUUGAAUGGCAAACAAUAACUGAUUUAAGUUUAUCUUUGCCUUGGUGUAACAUUACUGAGUACAUGAUGAGGACAGACGAAAAUGAAGGUUUACCACAUUUCACUGGUAGGACACUCAAACUGUGGCUUGUCACCUAUAUGCAUAGAUUAAUAGAUUUUUAAGACUAGAAGAAACUGUUCUGAUCACCUCAGUCUGACCAGCUGUGUACUGCAGGAUGUAUCUGGUUGCAUGGGCAAAUGAUCAUUUUCACAAGCACAAGAUAGUACAUGAAGUAGUGUGCACAAUUAGAGGCUGUAUUACACACACUUGUAAAUUCAGCUCCAAAUACCAUUUUGAAAACAGCCUGACAAAUUAAGGGAAAACAGCAGAUAUAAUAGAUUGGUAUUUCAGGAAAAUAAUCUUGUAACUCUCCAAAUUUAUUCAGAUAAAUUAUGAUACCAGCAUUAUCACAAAGGACUGACUUAAGAACGGGAAAUGCUGACAAAUGGUAAUGUAUUGAGAUGAAUGGAUGCUGGUGGCAGGGUACUGCACAGAUCCAUGUUGGGUUUCUUUUUAUUUAAUAUCUGAAUUAACAGUACAGAAGUGGUAGCAUACAGUUCAUAAUAAAAAACUUUAUUCAAUUUGGAGGAGCUGCAAAGUCCAAUGAGGACAGAGAAAUAAGAUCAAGGGACCUAGAGACAGUAAAAACAUGGAAGAAAAUAACAAAAGGAGAUUCAGCUUGGAAAAAUGAAAACUAAUGCAUCAGGGAGAAAGUUAAUCCAAACCACAGAUAUUUAGUGGGGGAGGGAAGACAGAAGGAAGCUAACAAGAAAAGGUCUACAGGGCAUAGGGGCCAGCAAAUAAAAUCUAAUUCUUCAAUGAAGCAAUGCAACAAACAAAUCCAAAAAGACCAAAAAUAUCCUAAAGCAGUGAAUCCCAGUGUAGCAAUUUAAUUGACCUUCAGUUCCAUUGUGAAGAUGUUGGUAACAUAAAUAGUCAACUAAUUUACAGAAAGAUGCUGACAAACAGGAGAUGGUUCAGGAAAGAACAACUAAAAUGAUGAGGGGUCUGAAUAACCUGAUUUAUUAAAGAAGUUUUGAAUGUAACUGAA